AUGUUUACCACUUCCGAGAAAGCACCACUACUCCCUGUUGUCGAGACUGCCGUCCAGGCCGAUAUCGAAGCGCAAGAUGACGAUGGCAACGACCGCAUCGAGGGCGCGUUGCUACUCGGGACGCUGUUGCUUACGGCUUUCCAGUUCCUCGUCCUCUUCAGUGCAGACGGCGGCAUCCCCAUCGCCUUCGGAGCUCAAUGUAGCGCGCUGCUGGCGCAACUCGCUCGCGGGCUCCGCAUCUCCAUUCCCGCCAGCCUGCCAACGGCUGCCAUCUUCUUCCUCGUCGCGCCAUACGUGGCCCAAAAGGAGCGUCUGGUCAUGAUGCGAUAUGCGAUACUGUUCUGCUAUCUCGUGGGCUCGACGUUGGGCUCGAUGUUGCUGCUUUAA